GUGUGAGGGGUCUGUGGGGUUCAUCCUAGGACAACAUCCAAACAACUUCUCUGGCCUCCGGGGAAUUUAAGGCCUUCUUCUGCAGGUGGACAAAGUAAAGACUACACGCUGGACGGAACGGACCAUCAUCAUCAUCAGAUCUUGUUGAUUGUGCACAGCUUGGGGGAUUCUUCCCUGCCGCAUUGCCGCUGCCCUCUGAUUUGCCAUUCCCAAGGUAUUGAAUCGCUCACUAGCUCGAACCAGGUCGCUUGAUUGAAUGGGUUCUUCACAGUCAGCGCAUGUUGCCUCCUCCUCCGACCACGACGAUGAAGAGGACGAAGAAGAAGAAGAAGAACAUGGCCGAGGAGAAGAGGCCGCCGAGGAAGGUGGCGCCCACCACGACACGGAGGCUGGGAUGCGAGAUUCGGGCGUCGGUGGCUCGAAGAAGGUUCUCCGGCAAGAGCCGGAGAUGCUGCCCUGCCAUUCCUCCGCAUCUCCUCUCUCCCCGCAGCCAUCCGCUUUCGGCACCCCGCGGCUGGGCCCCUCCAUCAAAGUGUGGGACCCUUUCAAUGUCCUCGCUCCACCGCCCACUGAUUUUACCCGCUCCGCAGCAGCAGCAGCAGCGGGCGACGACGACAGAUUCCUGACGGAGCUUUUCCUGAUCUGCAACGCCGAGUGCCACAUGAAUCUGAGGCCUGAUUUGAUCGGGGGCAGGUGCCCGGAUGCCGCCCUCACCCCAAAGGGGAAGCGCCAAUCCAGAGCUCUGGCGGUUUUCCUCAAAUCACAAGGCGUUCGCUUCACUUCAGUAUAUACCUCGCCUCUCGACCGUGCCCGUGCAACUGCUGCUUCCGUAUGCCAGGAACUGAAAUUUCCAGUGGAAGAGAUACAAUCUUCUGAUGCACUUCUAGAAAUGAGUCAAGGACACUGGGAAGGAUGCCAUCGAUCCGAGAUAUUUACACCUGAAACAACCAGCCUAAUGGAACGGUUCCAACCGGAUUUUUCCCCACCAUCAGGAGAAUCAUUAAGGCAGGUUGAAUAUAGGAUGGUGCAGUUCCUAAACGGGGCUGUUAUGGCAUUGCCUGAAAAGUUCAGUUCUGAUUUCUCUCCACCAGAUCAGAUCGACACCCAUGAUUUCUCAACUCAUAUCCCUCCCCUUACAAACUCUGUUCAGCAUUUAGAUUUGCUCCACCGGCAGCAGCGACAAGGGCACGGAAAGAAGAAGUCAGUCAAAAGUAGGCUCCAGAUUGUUGCUUCAACAGGAGAUCAGGCUGAUGACGAGAUGUCCCCUCGUGUACAGGUCAACACCGCCCCAGUUCGCGACAUAAAUACCAAGAGUGCCCAUUCAGUCUCUUCCUGUGUGGGCAUCUUCACCCAUGGGAUCCCUAUCAAGUGUCUUCUCACCGGGAUUCUUGGGUGCAGUGCGAUGAUGUCAAGUAAGAUCUGUGUAGACGAUUCCUCAGUAACCGUGUUACAACAUUCAUGGAAAAGGGGAUGGCAGAUAAAGAGACUAAAUGAUAUCUCACAUCUUAGACUUCUAUAGUACAUUAUUCAUUUAUAACUACAUAAGAUUCUUGGCACAGGAGUCAAGCCCGGGAAAAAGCAUGCUUUUGAUUCUGGAACAACUACAUGAGGGUGGUCGAAUGUACAUGCCGCCUCUUGGGGAAUUACGUUUUGAUUCUUGCAAGAAUUGGCUAUGUUUAUCUUUAGGUUCCUACUCUACGAUUGGUGGUGGAGUGAAGGGCAGGCCUGAUACUCAACUGAUGCAGUGCANGGGGGGGGGGUUAGAAUCACCUUCUUGCAAAAAGCAAUGGGUGGUUUAGAUUAUGCCCUUCUUUCCAUUCUGUGGGAGCUUUGGCGCUUGGUACACGUUUUCUUUUUUCAAUACUCGGUAUGUAUUAGUGGUAGAAGUUGAUGGUUUUGUUGAUUGUACUACCCUACACCUUGGUUUGUAACAUUGCCCAAUCUUGUUAUUGUAAUGUGUGUGAUACAUAAUGCUUCCCUUUUUGGGUUGAUAAUAAGGAUUUUCUUCUUCU